UAUUUUCCAGCUCUUCUCAUUUGCUACUUUGCACGUACACUUUGUACAACUACACUUGGUCAAUUGGAUAUUGGCCACUCAUCUACACACAGUGGGUGCCAUUGUUGGCUUACGGACUGCUAUUCCUGUCUAUUCGCUCUCUCGACUGCUCAGCCGGCCAACUCCACUUCUCCACAACUCUCAAUUCUGCACAAUGUCAAGUCUCAAGAGAAAAGCGGCGACAACAGGCAACGAGACUGAGGCAAAGAAAACAAGGGCCAACGGCAGCAUUUCUUCUUUCUUUGGUGCUGCCCCAAAGCCUGCUGGUGCUCCUGCCGCCCCCUCUCCAGCGACCAGGUUUGACAAGGCAAAAUGGGUUGAAGGCUUGACUGCCGAGCAGAAGGAACUGCUCAAGCUUGAGAUUGAUACUCUCCACGACAGCUGGCUGGCAUUGCUCAAGGAUGACGUGACCACAAAGGAAUUUCUUGACUUGAAGAAAUUCUUGAACCGUGAGACGGCUGCUGGCAAGAAAUGGUUUCCGCCAAAGGAAGACGUGUACUCCUGGUCUCGUCAUACGCCAUUCAACGAAGUCAAAGUCGUCAUCGUCGGCCAAGAUCCCUACCACAACGUGAACCAAGCCCACGGCAUGGCCUUUUCCGUUCGACCGCCCACUCCGGCGCCACCGUCGCUCCGAAAUAUGUAUAUUGCUUUGAAGAAGGAUUAUCCUAGCUUCGUCGAGCCGCUGAACCGAGGUGGCUUGUUAACGCCAUGGGCAGACCGAGGCGUGCUGAUGCUCAAUACCUGUCUUACUGUUCGUGCACAUGAAGCCAAUUCACAUGCCAAUCGCGGCUGGGAGCGAUUCACGCAAAAGGUCAUUGACCUCGUUGCUCAAAAGCGGACGCGAGGUGUGGUCUUCAUGGCCUGGGGAACACCGGCCAGCAAGCGAGUGCAGAGGGUGGAUAAACAACGCCACCUGGUGCUCCUCAGCGUUCACCCUAGCCCACUCAGCGCAUCUAGGGGAUUCUUUGACUGUGGUCAUUUCAAAGCAGCAAACGAAUGGCUCAUCACUAGAUAUGGUGAUGACGGGGAGAUUGACUGGGCCCUGAAGCCCGGAAACACAACCAGGAAGCUUGUCAAGGAGGAUGCCAAAGAAGACGCCAAAGAAGAUGCGGAACCAGUAGCAAAUGGAAAUGCAAAGGGCGCAGAGACACUAGACGAGUCACCAGAGAAGUCAAAAGAGAGUGCAAAGACCAAUGGUGCGUCUAAAUCGAACAAGGCAGAACUCAAAAGCGAAGAAGACGACAUCGAUUCCGAUGACGAGGCUGCGUUGGAAGAAGCUCUUAAGCUUGCAGAAGAGCAAACCAAGAAUUAAGCAUGAAACCAUAUGUGAACGAAGAGAAAUGGUUACGAUUGGAAAGGAAAAGCAGCGAUUGGACAUGAUGGCAUGUUUUGAAUACGUUUAAGCUAUAAACGAUAGCACCUGGGAUAAUACUAUGAAAGCGUCGGCAACGCAGGUUUAGGGCACAUCAGAUUGAAAUAUAGGGAACUUCACAAUACAACAUGGGAUUUUACGGUUAUGAAGCUUUUGGUGGAGCAUUAGAUAGUACUGCGCUGCAAUCGCCUACGAUUUCAUCCCGCCUAGAGAGCAUGAAUCCUUGCUGCGGUUUUCACAGUGUACUUACAAGUAUAGCUUCUUGCUGUCGCGUAGCUAAAACUAAUCGCUUCCGCGACAAUUUCGCU